ACGCCGCGGACAUCACUCCGGCGACCCGCGGCAUGGGCAAGGAUCGGCUGCCGGCACCUGAUCCUGUCGGGGAUCGGUGUUCUGAGGAGCACUUCAUGCGGCUCCGGGCUGCCGUAAAAGAGCUUGACAGCGCGUGGUACGAUUCCACGAACAAUCUGACGGUCACCGCUGACACUCGGAAGGCCCUCUUCGAGGAGCUUUUAUGGGAGCACCGGGAGCUCGCUGAGGCACAUGACAAGUGCCAAGUGAUCCCGGAAGCUUCCAUCGAUGCUCUCAAGGAGCAGCUCGCCACGGCCCAACGGGAAAAGGACGAGCUCAACCGGCAGCACCAGGAUGAGCUGAACGCCCUCAAGACCAGCUACCAGGAUCUCAAGUCUCAGCUGAUUCAGCUGGGGCUCGAUCACGCCAAGGCCCUCAAAGCCGCUGAAGUGAGCGCAGCGGCCAAGUUGGACGAGGCUCUGGAGGAUGCUUCCAAUGCCACUGUGGUGUUGCGGGCAGAGCUGGAGGAGAUGGCCAAGGCCCGGAAGGGCGCCGAGGAGAAGGCCGCGCGGCUGGAGGAAGAGCCAUCGGUGCUGAUCGCCGGCGGCCAAUGCCUCGGGCGAACAACAGUCGAGCCAUCUGUAUUCUCAUCAUGGAACACCGACGGUUCCAAUACCGGCAUGGAUUUGAUCCUUGACUUGCUAACUGGCAUGCCCAACGGCAUUGAGGGUGAACACGCCGUACCUGCAGACGACAAGAAUGCCAUCGCCGCCAUCCUCUGA